AUGCCAACACGAACGAUCUUCCUCCUCUCCUCCCGAAACGCCCCCUUUCAACGCAUGCAUUUCGCCAUAUUCAUCCCCUCCCCUACAUCUCCCAAUGCUGGACGCGGCACCCUAAUAAACGUCGUCGGCGCCCCAAUGGCAGGAUACAAGCUCGAAUUCGAACGUAACCACGUCCCUGCUUCUCGCCAACAUUAUCAACACUAUGAACUCUUCCCGAUUGGCGAGGUCAACGUGCAACAUAUCGUGGAUAGCGAGGAUGAGGUGCACAGCGUCGACGAUAGCCCGAGGGGGGAGAUUGAGAUUGUGGCGACGCAGGUUAAGCAGCCGGGGAUAAGUGAAAAUUUCCUCGCGCCUGUGAACGAUACGACGAACAGGAGAUGCCAAGAGUGGACAAUGGAUUAUGUUCGCCACUUGGUGAAGAAGGGAAUUAUCGGGGAGGAGGCUGUGGAAAUUGUGCAGGGGAGGAGGGAUCCGCCAGAGCAUGGUAUCGGGCUGAAGGCUGGUCAGCGAUGA